UUAUCAGUUCGUUGUAAACUCAUCUGGAGUCAGCAUCCCAAAGCUUGUUACGGGUGCAAUAGCGACUGUAAUUGUAAUUUUUCUUGUUAGGAAAAAAUCCAAAUUUUUUGAAGUGGCUUUAAAAUAUCAGUUUAAGCAGUGGCUUUUUUAAAUAUUCUGAUCAUAGGAGCAAUAUACAAAUACAAUAAGCUUUUCCGAAGAACAAUCAUGUUGGACAGCAAGCUCAACAACAUCCGUUUCGAGACAAUAUCUAGCAAAUACUACGACGAUGUGAUCGAGCAUCUCCGGCAGACGUUCUUUGCCGAUGAACCGCUGAACAAGGCGGUCAAUCUUACCCGUCCAGGCCAGGGCCACCCACUCCUAGAACAGCAUAGUUUAUCUACCCUUAAGGACAACGUUAGCAUUAUGGCUAUUUCCAACGAUGGCGACAUUGCCGGGGUAGCACUGAAUGGUAUUCUCUACGGAAACACUGAUAUUGAAAAAUCCCGGGAGAAACUGAACGAGAUUCAGGAUGAGAGUUUUAAGAAAAUUUUCAAACUAUUGUACGAGCAGAACUUGAAGAUAAACCUGUUCAAACAGUUCGAUGUGGACAAAAUUUUCGAGAUAAGAAUACUCUCCGUAGACUCAAGAUUCCGCGGAAAGGGACUAGCAAAGAAGCUCAUUGAAAAAAGCGAAGAACUUGCUUUGGAUCGUGGAUUUCAGGUUAUGAAAACCGAUGCCACCGGAGCAUUUUCGCAACGUGUAGUUAGCUCACUUGGUUUUAUAACCAAGUGCGAGAUUAACUACACAGACUACUUGGAUGAGAAUGGUGAGCAAAUUUUCGUGGUUGAUCCACCCCACGAGAAGCUAAAAAUUAUGUGCAAAGUGAUCAACUAAGCGGACAGUGAGAUAUUUUGUAAUGCUAAAAUGGCACCAUGCCAGCAGUGGAGCAAACGUACUAGUCAGUGACAAUAGAAAUAUCGAUAAUCAUGAUAUUGAAAAAGAGAUAUUCAGAAUGUAAUCAAUGUAUCCAAUGAUAAGCAAAUCGUCAUUCGAUGAAAAGAAAUCAUUAAGAUAUUGUUGCCAUUUUCGGUGAUUUUAGUUGACGUGUGUUAAAUGAACAUUAGUCGAAAAUGUUCAAAUUAUUCAAAUAGUUUAAUACUUAAACAGCUUUGAGUGUUUUCAUGGUUAUAUAGGACAGUUAGUAAAACUUUUGACCAGUUGAUGAACGGUGCCAGUUUACAGUUUUGUAUUUUGGAGGAUAUUAAAAAUAUCAAAUAAAUACGUACAAACAAUUAACAUGAACCACCACACAAACCGACCAAUUUUGAGUGAUCAUAUUGAUUAUAUUAGCAACUACCCAGUCCACAAUGGCUUGAAGCCAAAAUAAAGUCAUCAACCUACAUGUAUGAACCAACUGUAGAACACAGAACAUAAAAUAAACGGUAGAGUUACCAAAUGUAUACGCAUGCAUAAAU